CCACCACCUGCUCUUUCUCUUGUACAUGUAUAUAUACAAUUUGGCUUAUGGUGUUAGAAUUCACACUAUAACAUAGGACAUAAAAUAUUAUUGUCCUUUGACUUGUUUCAUCAAUUAUAGCAAAAAUGAGAACCCAUUUUCACUCUCUCCCAUUGAUUUUUUUGUUCACCCUUUCCCUUCUAUUGGGUAAAACCCGACCCGACCCUGAUCCACUUCAAGAUUAUUGUGUAGCAGAUAGCAAAAGUGAAUUUUUCAUUAAUGGGGUGCCUUGCAUUGACCCAGAUAAAGUUUCCUCCUCCCAUUUUGUCACAUCUGCUUUAUCAAAAACUGGCAACACUAGCAACCAAUUUGGCUUCAGUGUCACAGCCACCACCACUGCUAAUCUUCCUGGGCUUAACACCUUGGGCCUGGUACUGGUCCGGGUUGACAUAGCGGGCAAUGGGAUCGUGCCACCUCACUCACAUCCACGGGCCUCGGAAGUGACAACUUGCCUUAAGGGAAUGCUUCUUGUGGGCUUUGUUGACACAAGUAACCGUGUCUUUACCCAGAACUUGAGGCCCGGUGAGUCGUUUGUGUUCCCAAAGGGCCUGGUCCACUUCUUGUUCAAUAGUGAUUCCAGGGAACCAGCAAUUGCCAUAUCCGGUCUCAAUAGCCAAAACCCAGGUGCACAAAUUGCAUCACUUGCAACAUUUGCUAGCAAGCCUCCAAUCCCUGAUGACAUUCUUAAGAAGGCUUUCCAAAUUUCCAAAGGAGAAGUGGAAACUAUUCGUAGAAACCUUGGAGGAUGAUUAAUUUGAUUAUGCUGCUCAUGGAGGUGAUCCAAUUAUGGUUACCAUUUUACCAAUGUACUUAAUUUCUUAUUGCAUUUUGUUUGGGAUCCUAGGUGGGAACAUGGGGUUAGAUUGGCAUAUUUAAAAUGUCAGAUUGUGUAUUUAAAAAUGAAAAGAAAGAGACAUACAAACCAUCAUGCCACAUUACAAUGUUUAAUAAUCAAAUUAAAAUCCAAUGGUUGAUCUGAGUCAUGUAUUGAAUAUUAUUGUGGAGUGAAGUAUGCUUGUCCUUUUUUUUUUUCCUCUUUGAUUGGAUUGAUCAGUUUUCCUA